UCUCAAUUUGAAACGAUCGGCCUCACCCGCACGCAGCAGUCACUUACACUGUGUCAUAAACAGGACUCGGACUGGCCCGCUCCCUGACACGCUCAGUUUUAUGCUGCACACAUCACUGGCUGGUGGUGAGACAUGACAGCAGAGCGCUGAAUGAAGACUGAGGGACUGAAAUUGAUCCGCGACAGCUGAACUCGCGCAGGAACGGGAAUGAAUCAGUUCAGAGUUUCCUCCGAGGACUUGCGCUGUCUUCCACCGAGGCCACCGGCUCUACCUGCAGCUUCACCGAAGAGACGGUUUGUGAGGCUGCGGAGGAAGACGAGCGAUGGCUCUCAGCAAUCAGCUUCGUCCAGCGACCGUUCAUCCACCAGCAGGUCAGCCGAGGGCAAGGCGGUUAGAGCGCCCAGCAAGAGCUCUGUCCGUCGCCAUACCAGCCGACUCUCAGGUGGCUUUCUCCGUGGCCCCAGCUCAGGCUCCAUGUCACUGACGGCGGGCAUCAGGUCCUCACUGUCCAUCCAAGCCAGGAAGGGAAGCAUGAUCUCUGCAGAUGUCUUAAGAGAGGACGACCCCUCGGAGCUGUCUAACCAGAUGACCGCUCCAGGCAUCCUGAAGAUCUUUGGCAAUGAAAUCUGUGAGGGAGCUCACUAUAAGAGCGUCUUGGCCACCACACACUCAAGUGCAAAAGAGCUAGUCAAAGAGGCCCUUGACCGGUAUGGCUUGAGCAAGGACGAGGCAGAGUCCUACGUUCUCUGUGACACCAUUGGCUCCACUGACAACCAUCAGUGGAGGACAGAGGGGUUCAGAGUCGUGGGCGACAAUGAGAAGCCCCUCCUCCUUCAGUCACUAUGGAAACCCAGAGAAGGCCUGGCAAGGCGGUUUGAAAUCCUGAGGAGAAGUUUGGUGGAGGAGAAGACAUCCAAAGACAAAGACACCAUCACUGCUGGUAUCAAUGCCCAGGCUCGAAAGCUGCAGAAGAGCCGCUCUAGAGUGACCUCCACUCUUAUUGAGAGGACCAUGGGCCGAAGCCACAAGCUGUGGAGGAGCAAAAGCGAGAUGGACCUCUUAGAUUCUGACGCGGUGACUAUACAGGACACAGUUCAUGAGAAAUGUCACGAGGAUGAAAGCGAGAGUCAAACUUUAGCGCACCCAAAAACGAGCCCGGAUCAGAAUCACAUUCACGGCCCCGCGGUUCCCUCCGAGGGGGACGGUGGGCUGCCCGCCAAAACAGAGACCCUCUGUCCGCCGAGGCCGAGGGGCAAGCGGGAAGGAGAGGAGUCAGAGAGGGAGGAGACGGAGAGCAGCGAUGACAACACCACACAGUACUCCAUUCACCCUCCUCAGGACUGCCCGUACCUGCUGUUGCUGCAGGGCUGCAGCCUCGCACAGGACUUUGUCAUCUACCUACUUGCCGGGCCAAACAGUGUGUUUGGUGGGGAAAGUUAUCACGAAGAUAGCUCGAAGCCUGACAUCCUCCUGUUCGCCGCUGACAUCUGUCCGAGACACUGCUGCUUCCAUCGGCACAGCGCUGGCGGCCCCACCAUGCUGCACCCUUGUCCGAACGCUCUGGUCACGAGGAACGGCGAAGUGCUUAGCAAAGAGGUGCAGCUUAACCCUGGUGAUGUCAUCGGGCUUGGACAGCACUACCUGUUUCUCUUCAAGGAUCCCUUAGCUCCGGCCCAUAAGGAAAGAGUAAGAGACAAUAAGGAAGUGAACAAUGCUGUUCCUGAGCCCAACAUGACUGCUGUCCCCUGGAUGCUGGGUCGUCACACGUCCGCCACCGCAACAAGUCAUGCUGGAGAAAUGAUCCUGUGCAGCACCUGCAUCACAAACGGCUCUGACCCCCAGGGAUCCAGCAGCAAACCGUCCCAAAACAGAGUCUCUCCCUUUUUAAAAUCAGCCGACGGCCGCAGCCUGACCCUGAGAUAUCGGAGUGAGGACGAGGGUCGCGUUGUCAGAGAGAUUGUCGCCACAGGAAGUAGCCGCGUCAAAGACAGGCCGCCACUGACUGCUGCAUUUUUGCUGUGCCUGUGCCUUCAGUAUUCGUCCAUAUGUCUUCAUACCUCAGACAUGCGCAGGCUGCUGCUGCUUAUUGCAAGUGGAGUCCAGAGUGCCAUGUGGGAGCACACUAAGGACCUAGCAGUACUUCAGCCUGAAGUUCCAGAAGAUGAAGCCUUAAACCAAGAGAACGCCAAGGCUCUCAGCCUGAUCUCAGGACUGCGCCCCCUUGUGGGGUGGAUGUCCAACAGUCUGGAGCUGCUGCAGUUCAUCCAGUUCCAGGUGCCGCUUCUCCUGGAGUGGAGAGCCCAAAAUAAUGAUGAGAGAGACGAAAAGGACUAUGAGGAGGCGGAGAAGUUAGCCCUGUUGGAGCUACGGUUGUCAUGUGUCCGUUCAGCCAGCGAGGAGACGAUGGCUGUCCUGGAGGAGGUCAUCAUGCUCGCCUUCCAGCAGUGUGUCUACUACAUCACCAAGGUCCUGUACCCCAUCCUGCCGGACCUCCUGGACUGCAACCCAUUCAGGGAGAGUCCUGACCUGCAGAUGACUCGCGGGAGUGCUCAGGUCCUGAGUAGUGUCGGACUGCAGGUCCCUGCCGAGAUCCAGCACCUUGUGGAGGUUCUGACUGACACCCGGAGGCUACUGUCAGACUGCCAGCUGCACCCAGAGAUUUCCUCGCAGCUCAUCGGCUACCUCUUCUACUUCAUCAACGCAUCGCUCUUCAACUCGCUCAUGGAGAGAGGCUCUGAGCCAGGUUUUUACCAGUGGUCUACAGGCAUCCGCUUGCGGGCCAGCCUUGAUUUGCUCCUGGACUGGGCCCAUGCAGCUGGACUGGGAGAACUGGCCUUGGAGCACACGCAGACUCUCUCGUCAUCAAUCAAUCUCUUGGCUACACCUUGGAAGAAUUUACUGCAGACAUCUUGGGUGUCCUUGCGGUCUGACUACCCUGCCCUGAGUCCGGCCCAGCUGAACCACCUGCUGAGUCUUUACAGCCCAGCAUCUCCGUGCACACACACCUGGUGUCCAUCUGUUCACGAGCAGGCUGCAGCACAGAAGACUGCUGACGUCCUGGAGAGCUUUGACACCCUCCAUCCUCUGGUGCUCCCAGAUGGGGGCUACCAGUUUGAACUGGGGAAAGACGUGGCAGAUCUGGACCUGCUGGUUGAGCUGGACAAACUUAGAGAGUUCAUUACCAAGCAGUCAGACUCCACGUCCAGUGAGGUCACAGCUACGGAAGAACAAAAGGGUGGAACUAUUACCACGGAGGCUAAACUGGCUAAGAUGGAUGAUCUUCCAAAGACCUGUCUGGGCACCUUGGAUACGAUUCCGGUGGUUUUAUCUCCGGCCGCCGUCCCCUCUGCUGCCGCUGGUGCCUUACCUCGAUCACCCUCAUCACCACCCUCUCCUUCCUCCAGCCAGAACCUGGAUGAGCUCAACUCCUGCAGUGCCCUUCUUUUGCCCCAAAAGCUGAGAACUCCAGAGCUACAAACCAGAGAGACUGAGACCAGCGAGAUGAGCAGGUCAGCUCCGGACCCCUCCUGCCUCCUCACCCCACCCAACAACCCCCACAUCAUAGACACUGCUGACUUGGUAAACGCAUACCAGAAUAAAUGGACGAAGGGUGACAGUCAAUCGCUUUCAUGGUCCUCUGCUGUAGAUGCACAUGAUGAAGGUGGAUUAGUGUUUGAAUGUCUGGCUGCACUGAAAGCAGACAUGAAAUCCGAUUGUCCAAACGUGAAAGGUUUUGUUGAACUGAGAGAGGAAGAGGGGGAGCAGGAGGAGGAAGAGACGGACGACCUUUCUGAGGUCAAUAACGACGAGCUUUUUAGCUUGGAGCUGGAGAGAGGUGAAAGAGGAGUUGGCCUCGCUCUCGUUGAUACAAGGGACACUUCCUUGAGGGUGAAAGGCAUCUUCAUCCGUGCGGUGGUCCCAGACUCUCCUGCAGCUCGCUGUGAGAAACUAGCACCAGGAGACAGGAUCCUGGCCGUUAACGGAAUCAGUGUUGUUGGACUUGACUACCAGAGUGGAAAGGAGCUGAUCCAGUCAUCAGGUGAUAGACUGAGGUUACUGGUGGCCAGAUCUGACUGGAUGGCUAAGGCUAUAGAGACCAGCUGCUGACAGCGUUCUUUCUCUGCUGGUUUUGAACCAGAUUUAAAGAUGGAGCAUCUUAAUCAUUCCAGUUCAACAUAUGGACCUUCCCAAUCAGUGUUGAUGGUAAAUGUAGUUAAAUGAGGCAAUAAAUCCCUCAGUGUGUGGUGUAUUGACUGAGAAAGCUGGGUUAUUACAGUUGUCCUGCUUGCACAGCCCGCCUACAUGUACCAGGAUGCAUUACAGCCAGUCUCGUGAUGCUCCUUCCCCAGACACUUCCCAAACAUGCCCAGCAUGUGGUUUUGGCCAUUUCAGGCCUGUGUACAAAAAGGCAUCUGAAAUACAUUAAGCCACGUCAUUGUCAUAAAGGUGGAGAAGAGAAAAUAUGUGAAGGUUUUAAUUUAUAUAAUACUACAUAUGUAUACAUUUUACUGUUUUUUUAUAGGGUAGUGUUGUGUAAUACGCAUAGUUUAUCAUCCAUUGGAUCUUAGUCUAGUGAUUGAAAUAUGAAUUCAUAACAUUUGUCACAAAAAAAAAACUGUAAAGACAUGGUG